AUGAUCGCGGGACGGACUACGGAAUGCCUCAGCUUUGUCUGCUGUGCGCUUCCAUCUCGCGCUAUUAAGAGUACUUUGAACUGGGAUAUCGCACGCAAGUUCUGGUUCUCCUUUCUUUUCAUCGCCGUUGUCUGCGCCAAAAUCCUCCAUAUCUACGCCCAUUGGGAUUCAGUACCUCUCAAGAAACUCAUUCUAUGGGGACCUACAUUCUUUCUUCAGGACUUCUUUUUCUUACUCGCUGGUUAUGCUUUGACUCAGAACUUCAAAUGGAUGGCCGCUCGAAUUUUGGCGGGUCUGGUUGUGGUGGUGACCAGUCUUACCCUCUCCAUAAUGGCCGCUGCGAAUACCUCUUUCUACUUCCUAACCGGUGCAGAGAUCCAUUGGCGCCAAGCGGGCUCUGUGAACCGCGAUCCUGCAUCUAUCAACACGCUGCUGACAGGUCUUACUGGUCUGGUCAUUGUCGAAGCUAUCGUCCUUGUGGCAUCCAUUUUCGCCUCUCCCUAUCCUUAUAACGGCAUGGAAAAAAUGAUGAAUGUAUGGGGUCAAGCCUUGGGCGCAAUCUCUCGACCUGCACUUGCAGCAUCCAAGCCAGCGGUGGACGCCAUGAUUGACCGAUCUAGACCCCACGUUGAACGUUUGCUGAGUCGCACUUCGCGCGGCAGAGAAAUCUUCUCCAAGAUGAAAAUCUAUGAGCCGGUACCUCUUACUGACUAUGAUGAGGAGGACAAGAUCAUGUCCAAUUCCGCUCCACUACUCGACCAGCCGGAGCAAGCGAUUCAAACUCCAGAAAACCACCGCUGGAACCACAAGCAACUAAUCUUGGGUGCGCUCAUAAUUGCAGCUUCUCUUUUUGUCUUCAUCCUACGAUGCUUCCGUCCACAGAACGAAUCCUACAACUUCCUCUCCCAGACUAUCAUUCUGUCACCUUUUGUCGGUGUCAAUUCGGAGGAUAAGCUCCAGAGUAUCACUGGUGAACGUGAGCUGCGUGGAAAACUCACGGCGCUCACCACUCCGCCAAAGUUCGAUUGGUUACCCGAGGGCGAUUGGCCUGGUUUCCGAGACUGGGAGACUUCCUCUAAUGGCACAUCCCAAUACAAGCACUAUAACUCGACCGAAGAUCCACUGCACAUCUCCAAUCUGGAUCAAGAUGUGAUUGAACCACUCCGUGAAGUCCUCAAGAAUAAUGAGGUUAAGAUCAAGCACGUCCUAGUUUUCAAGAUGGAAAGCACCCGCUACGAUGUCUUCCCGCUCCGAAAGGGUUCCUACGUUCACGACCGCAUUCUUUCUUCUUACCAGGAUAAGAAGAUCCCCAAGGACGUGAAGAAGCGUCUCGCUAAUCUUACUCAUACCGCCGAACGUCUCACAGGAACUGAGUCUGGUUUCCACAAAAACGGAACAGUUAAGCCAUACGGUGGUAUCUACGCUUCCAAUUCGUACACUUCGGGAACAUUCACGUUAAAGAGUAUCGAGGGUACUACCUGCGGUCUUUCGCCACUGGUCAUGGACUUCAACCACGAGUACGAGCAUCACAUUUACCAGCCGUGUUUGCCUCAAAUUCUCGAUGUCCUCAGUGCCAAUACAAACGACAGCUCAAGCAGCGAUUUCACCAACUGGCCCUGGCACCCUCACUUCAUGCAGUCGAUUACCGAUUCCUACGACCACCAAGACCGCCUUCUCCCGGCUCUUGGAUUCGAACCCGAGAAUAUUUUGACUUUGGAGUCUAUCGAAAAGAAGCACUCCAAUGACUCCUCGUUUACCGAGAAGUUCAACUUCUGGGGCUACCCGGAUCACGACCUUGCUGAUUACUUCCGUGGUAUCAUUAACCAGGCCGAGGAGAAACAUGAGCGUCUUUUCGUCGAGCAUCUGACAGGUCUCACCCACCAGCCUUGGGAUACACCUGGAGGAAAGUACAAAGAGCUGAUCAGUUCCUCCUGGGGUGGAAAUAACGAUGACGUGAACAAAUACCUCAACACAAUCGGCAUCAAUGAUAAGUGGUUCGGCACGGUUCUGGACAUCCUUGAAGAGACCGGCGUUGCCAACGAGACCCUGGUCAUUAUGACUGGCGACCAUGGAAUCUCCCUUCUCGAGAACAACGGCAUCACUCCUUACGACAACCCCCACGUGGCUAAUUUCCACGUCCCACUCGUUAUCUCCAACCCUCGUCUUCCUCCUAUCGAGGUAAACUCCUCGGUAACAUCAAUUCAAAUUCUCCCAACAAUUCUCGACCUCCUCAAUGAAUCCGGCUCCCUCGACGAGCAAAGCGAACGCGCCAUCAAAGACCUCCUCCCAAUGUACGAAGGUCAAUCAAUCAUUCGACCAAUCAUCAACCAGACAGAAGAAACCCGAAACUGGCAGUUCAGCGUAAUGAACACCGGAGGCUCCAUGGUCGCCAUGCGCUCCGCCGGAGAACUCUACCGACUAAUCGUCCCACUCGUACCUGAGGUAGAGUGGCGAUUUACCAAUCUCGAAGUUGAUCCUCACGAAGAGAAACCGAUCAAGUCAUUUGAUCUCGAAACACUCCGAUCAGCAAUCGCCAUGAAAUAUGGUUCCGAGGCCGUGGGCUGGCUCAAUGAAGCUGCUCGGGCGGCUCAGUGGUGGGUUGCUGAUAAUUGGCGCCGAUAUGAAUACUCGCCAUCAUAA